AUGACAUUUGUAAAAGGUCCAACGAAAACUUACAAAAGAAACCGAACUUUCCUGCAAAGCCAGCAUGAACAAGAAUUUAAAGAUAACUUUAAUGUUCCUGAUAUCAUUGAUUAUAAUUUAAAUGGUCUUUUUUCUGGAAAGAAGAGUAUCAAGGAAAGACAUCAUUAUUCAUCGUUUAAUAAUUAUUUUUAUUAUGCGCUAUAUAAAAGUGGCAUGACAAACGGAGAUAAGUUAACUUAUCUGGAUGAUCGACGUCUCGCGAGAGAUUAUAAGAUUGGAAUUGUUACUUUGAUUUCGAGACCCGAACAACGUUCAAAGAUUAAGCAAGGAUUUCCAACCCUACUUGAGAAGGUCGAAAAGUAUCGACCAAAGGUUCUUUGCUUUAAUGGAAAAACAAUGUUUCAGGCGUUUACAAGUUUUCAAAGCGCUCGAAUUCAUACCUUGCCCAUAAAAAAAAAGUUAAUGACCGAAGGUUGGGGGGAACAAGCAAAUCAUUUUAUUCGGUGGGACGAUCAUACCGGUCAUACAAAGGUUUUCUACAUUAUAUCGACAAGUGGACGCGUUGCCCAAUAUACAGUCCAAGAUAGAAUAAAAUAUUUUGAAAAGUUGAAAGAGUUGAUAGAUAAUGAUAAUUCUGUGGUUAAAGGUAGCAAUGUCGCGUAUAAUGGAAACGAAGAACUAGGUAUCAGAAUAACAAAGAAAUCCGUUUCCUUGGAACAUACUUCCUUUAAAAAAAGCUAUGAAUAUAAUGAUAUGGAUAUCAUCUCACCUUCAGAUAACAAACUUAAAAAUAAACAGGAUAUGAAUCAAGAUUAUUCUCCCCCAAAAUCUUUUAUGGUAAAAAGAUGGUGA